CCCCAAUGAGGCAGUCAGCCCUUCACUUCACUUCAGAGUUGGUGGCAUUUCUGGUCUUCUAGUGCCAAGCUCUGCUAGUGAUUGGAGUUCUGUGACUUGCUUUUUUUUUUUUUGUCUGUGUGGCUUCGCUCCCACUGACUGCAGGAUGAGGAGUCUUGGGAACAUUUUGAUAUGGAGCCUGCUGGCCGCAGUGUUUCAGACUGACGCUUGGCCUAAUUUGAAAGUCAAUUCUGAGUCACGCAAAGGAUUGAAGUCUGAGUGCUUGGAUAACGUGAUGAGACUAACACUGGAUGAGGCCCUUGCUGUGGGCAACCAACUUGAAGUAGAGGCCAUCAAUGGCACACGGCACAUUGUGCUAACACCCCCCUUGGCUUCUCAAUGUGGAUACAGCAUGGAGUCUGACCCUUGGGGUAACACCAGAAUCUACACCUCGCUGAUGGGCUGCUAUGUGAACAACAAAGAUGACACCACCUUUAAUGUUGGCCUCAGACUUCAAAUGUACAGCCAGAGCGUGUCUAACGUGGUCUCCCAUGAUGUGAUGCAAACAUGCCACUACACCCGCUGGGCUGCCAGAGAGGUUCUUUGUGAGAGGAACUACAUGGAAGUGUCCCAUUACAUGGUCGCACCUGUUCAAUCUCCCAAGGGUGACGAGUACGCCACCAACGCUGCCUCUGAUGUGGAGCACGGAAUCUGGAAGAUGACCUUCCACACCCCAGAGCCGGUGGUCAUGAUGGCCGGCGAGGCCCAACAAGCGGGAUACAGCGCCAUGGCCACUCCUAACCGCCUGGUUGUGCGAAGCCCAUACAACACAGCAGAAACCUACUCUGAGGAUGUGGCUGGAGUCCCCAUGGAAAUUCUGAAGGUCAGCACCUACCACAAGACUCCUCAAGGUUUAACUGUACAAAACAUGGCAGCGGCUUGUCCUAUUGGCGGCGUCCUUUUCACCGAUGACACCAUCUCUUGGCACGUUCCUCGCCGUGUGACUCCCCUUCUGGACGGCAGCUUUAAAAUCCUGGAAAUGCACAUGGGCAUCAAUGGGCAGCGACUGGACCGACCUCAAAUGGCCGCUCGAGGCUACACUCUGUCUGCUACAGACUUUCACAUCGUCGUGGAGCUCCCUGUUGGUUGUCCUCUUGGCUACAACAAGAGCCAUGCCCCAGAUUACCAAUACCACAUUACCUACUCUGUGGAACCCAUGCUUGAGGUCCUGUGGCGGACGGAUAAGACCCAAGAAGACACCAGAUACAAGAUUUUGUUCCCCAUCACCACCCCUCUGAUGCCCAGGCCUCCCCAAGCUGUUGACUAUACAAAUGCUGAGGAGAGGUUGUUUAAUGUCAAUGUGGGGACCUUCCUUGAUGAUGUGGAGCUGAAGAACAUCACUUUCUCCAUGAACACCCUCACUCUUGAAGAGUGUGAAGCUAGAGGCUUUGUUGUGCAAGAGCACAGCCAUCCUGGUGGUACAAAGAGCUUUACUCUGCAAGUCCCUUUCGACGUCCCUGAAGUCAUGAAACACAAUCCUGAGCCCCUGGUUACAACCUACACCCUGUCUGUGGUCUUUGGCUUUAUGGUUCACCCUGAACAGAUGCUAUUUGCUCACCCUGUCAAGCUACAUGCCUCUCUGCAGGAUGUUGUUCUCCCCACAAUUACAGGCUCUUGUGAUCAGAACCUAUUCCAUGUCCAAGUCAAAUAUGGAAAUCAAGGCAAGAACUUCAACACUGUUGUCGGCUAUCAGACCAUCACCCCUGAGCUGGCCCCGGCUUUCAACUUGCAAGAGAAUGAGACCCACCUCACCCUCAUGGUGCCCUUCGAUGACAAAGUGACUGCAUUCGAGUACGUAACAUCCGACGCAGUCAGGGUCAGACUUGACAUGCUGCUUUGGGAGCCAAACAACAACUGGGUGCUUGGUGAUCUUUAUCUGUGCUGCAACUUCCCUUUGAAGACAACUGAGUGCCACCCCAAUGGAACUAUGACUGCACUGGCUGUCAAGGUGGAAUCUGUUCCCAACCUCAUUCCCAACUGGCUGACUCUAAAGGACAAAGCCUGCAAGCCAGUCUUCAGCGAUGACCGCUUUGCUUACUUCUCUUUCGGUGUCAAUUCCUGUGGAACCACAAGAUCGUUCUUUGAAAACUACAUGCUGUACCAAAACGAGAUUGGACUCUAUUACAACAACAAAGGCGCCUCCUACACAUCACCUGUAGAUCCUGAGUAUAGACAAUCCAUCUCCUGCUACUAUGCUGUCAACGAGACUCAGACUGUUGGCUUUGGCUACAAAUCUCGCAGCACUUACCCUGCAGCUGAGGUUGGCUUGGGACUCCUUGCUGUGCAAAUGAGGCUCGCUCAGGAUUCAUCCUAUGAGCUCUUCUACCAAGCUGAAGACUACCCAGUAGUGAAGUACCUGAGAGAGCCCGUGUACUAUGAGGUGGAGCUGAUGCGUACUGAUGAUCCUUACCUGGAGCUUGUCUUGGAGAACUGCUGGGCCACCGCUCAUCCAGACAGAACAUCUCUGCCCAGCUGGGAUAUUAUUGUGAACACCUGUGGUAACCAUGACGACAGCUAUGUAGCACUCUUCCACGCCGUGAUGCCUGACCAGAGAGUCACCGUCCCAUCCCACAUCAAACGCUUCUCUGUCAAGAUGUUCACCUUUACCAAAGACAACGAGGUUCUUAAAAAUGAGAUCUACGUCCACUGCGAUGCAGUGAUCUGUGACACAAACGGCCAAGCUGACGGUACCUGCAGAGGUCAGUGUAAACAUCCCAACCCCCGUAACUCUGCCUUCCAAGGACUGAAAAGGGCCCAAAGAAGCACAGAUUCAAGCCAGCGUAGACAAAUCUCAUCUGGACCAAUUAUGUUUCGCCACCAUCAGGCCAAAGCCUCCUCUUCCCUGUUGGACCUUUCCCACGAUGUCUCUGUGCCUCAGGGCUGCUCUGCAAGGACAAAGACAGUGCAGUGGUGCUUUCUUCCCGCUCUUUGUGCCAUGGCUGCCGUCUUCAAACUGGGCCUUUGUCUCCUGUUACUUGGGACUCUAGAAGCACAAGAUACACGUUCCAUAGAUAUUCAGUCAAAAUGCUUGGGAAAUAUCAUGCGUGUGGAUGUUGGUCCACUUCAAGGCAAGCGUCUUGAAGUUUCCGCUGUUGUUGGUAACUCUGCCUAUAAGCUCACACAAAGUUUGGCGACACAGUGCGGCUUCAGUCUGACCUACAACCAACAAGAAACCAUCCUGAUCUACGCCUCCAUUCAAAACUGUUUUGCUCAAAAUACGGGGGAUUCAUUCAGGACUGUGUUAAACCUCAGACUCUACGGCAACCAAAUGGUUCAAGAAGAGGUGUACCAGGUGGCUGAAACCUGCAGCUAUGGCGCGCCCGCCUUCAGGGAAAUAAUCUGUGACCGCAACUAUAUGGAGGUGUCCGUGAAAAGGGUCGUUUCAGAUGAUUACGCCCUGCCAGGGACCGCCCCCAGCUUUGCUGAGCCUCGGCGAGCUGCUGAGACUCUGAUGGACCCCGGAUACAAAAUCUCCACGCUGAUUUUAAACACCCCCGAGGAGAAAAAGAUGAGUCUGAUGGAGGCCCAGAAGCACGGCUACAGGGUCGCAAAGACGCCAACGAGACUCGUCCUGCGAAGCUCCAAGUCCGCGCCUGACACCUACAUCCAACACGUCGCGGGUGUGCCCAUGUCUGUGCUGCAAACCACCACCGUCUUCAAAAAGAAGUGGCUCACAACUGAAAUUGACGCAGCAGCUGCUUGCCCUACCCUUGAAGGUAGUGUCUACAUCACAGAAGACCUGAUCAGCUGGUUCCUGCCCACCCGUAUCGACCCGCUCAUUUCCUCCGACCAAGUCCGACUCCAGGAGGUGCACAUGGGCAUCGACGGAAUGCGGCUGGACGCCGCCGAGGUGUCCGCUCGGGGCUACAACUUGACUGUCGACCACAUGUACAUCGUGGUGCAUAUUCCCAUCAGGGCGCCAGGUGGUUUCUUAAAGAGUCUUGUCCUGAAGGAUCAGUACUUGGUCUGCUUUGUGAUCGAGCCCAUGCUUGAGUUGCUGUGGACUGACGCAACCAAUAAGGACACGCGCUACAAAGUCCUCCUCCCCAUCAGGACACCGCCCGUUUCCCACUCCGUGCACGUGCAGGACAACACUGUUGCAGAGCAGAAGGCCUUCAAAGUCACUCUCGGGCCCUUCGCGCCGGAUGUGGUUUUACGCAACAUCACCUUCGUCGGGGAGGUCUUGUCGGCGGCGGACUCCAGCGUGCGAGGCUUUGACCUGCACGAGCAUCACGCUCAAGACAGCGGAUUGAAGUUCUUCUCGCUCAAAGUGCCUUUCGAUGACAAAGUUGUCCUACAGAAGAAAGACAUGGGCUACGUGGUCUACUCGCUACAACUGACUUUCGGCCUGGUGGUCCUGCCAGACUAUGCACCACUUUCUUACUCCGCUUAUCUGGAAGCAAAAUUGGCUGUCAUGGCCACAGUCCAACCUUACAUCAGCGGCGCCUGCGACUCCCAGGACUUCUACAUUCUUGUGCAGUACGGAACCCAAGGCUCCAACUUCCAAACGACUAUUGGAAUGCGCCCGUUGACGCAGACCUUGGCUGAGGAAUAUGGCUUCACGGAGAACGGAACCCACUUCAGGGUUGUGGUGCCCUUCACAUCGCAGGAUGUUGUCUUUGAGGCCAUCGAUGAGUUGUUCAUCAAAGGCCGACUUGAUGUCGGCUUGCAAAAUCGAGAUACCAGGAAGAAAAUGAAAGACUUCACUCUGACUUGUAGUUUCCCCGUCACACUAAUCGAGUGUUUACCCAAUGGAACCAUGACUGCUCUGGCGGUCAAACUGGAGUCUGUUCCCAGUCUGAACCCCCGUCAGCUGACCCUCAGGGACCCCACCUGUCGUCCAUCCUACAGCAACGACCGCUAUGCUUAUUUUGUCUUCACCGCCAAGACAUGUGGAACCACCAGAAAGUUUUUGGCCAACGAAAUGCUCUAUGAGAAUGAAAUCUCUCUGCCGGAUGUGCUUGUACAAAGUGGACGCGCCAACCCAGAAGAGCCGGCGUAUGAUUUGAAGGUUUCCUGCUCCUACGACGUCAACACAAGUCGCGCCAUGACCUUUCAAACCAGGCCUCGCAGGAACGGCCCGUAUGCAGAAAACGCAAAAGGCGAGCGGCAAGUGAAGCUGAGGCUCGCUAAAGAUGACUCGUUCAAGGCAUUUUACGGCGCCUCGGACUAUCCCGUAUCAAAGUACCUGCAGCCGCUGUAUUUCGAGGUGGAACUCGUGAGGUGGACAACCCCUGAAGUGUCACUGGAGCUGGAGAACUGCUGGGCCACCGAGAACAAGGACGGGACCUCUCUGCCCAGAUGGAAUCUGAUCAUAAACGGCUGUGCAAACCCUACUAAUCCACACCGGGUCGUCUCCCACCCUGUGUGGAAAGAUGCCAGAGUGACUUACCCGGCCCACGUCAAGCGCUUUGAGGUCCAAAUGUUUGUUUUUGCCCAAGACCAGGAUACCUUAAAGAAGCAGCUUUAUGUCCACUGUGACCUGGAGAUCUGUGACCCCCGAAACAGUUUGAGCGAAGCUUGCAGGAAGAGGUGGUGUUCCAGCCAGGGUUACCUGCUCGAAGAACAAAGACGUGCCACUUCUGAUGUCGGCCUCAGACAUGUCUCUUCUGGAUGCAUACUCCUAAACUGA